AACUACUAAAAUCAAAAUGGCUGCCGGCUGGUCGUCAUCGAUUUUUGUUACCGCUAUUGACGCUAUGUAAUUUUUCACUGAAAACGUGAAAAUUCUGUGAUUUUUGUUGUGGAAAUGGUAAUUUAGUGUGGUUAAGAUGGAGUUUAACGAGAUUGUGGUGAAGGAGAGCCCUGGGCUGUGCCGGUGCUGUCUCUCUGAAGGAUGCUACAAAGACUUGGGCACCGAAUACACUUGGAUGAACGAAACUGAAGUCUACGCUGAUAUGCUUCUCGAAUGCUUCGAUAUUAGUAUCACCCAACAUAAUGAAGGUCCAAAUGGUCCGAACCGCCUCAUCUGUGAAGUCUGCAUCACUCGGUUGCGGGAUGCUUGUAAUUUCAAGAAGCAGGUCAUGGACUCUGAGAAGAAGUUCAUUGAUAUGAUGGGCAGAGGGGAAUUUAGGCCUAAAAUGUUGAUCUACCAAACACAGAUGAAGUGUGAAGAUCCAGUUGUGGAACAGAUAGAGAAUGCCAAUGUGGAAUAUCUGGAGGAUGAGAUUGAGUUUGGUGAUGAUGACCUUCUAAAAGACUCUGACUCAGUGGAGGCCUCAGUGUCAGAUAUCACAGUAAGCGCUCUACCCAUUAAAGGCAAGCGAGGUAGGCCCCGCAAGGCCACACCAGUCAAACCAGAGAAACGGGCCAAAGUUGCCAAGAUGGAGGACAAGCCGAAAACUUCUAAAGCUGUUGCUAAAGGUACAAAAUUCAAUACAGUGGAGGACAAAUAUAAGAAAAUGGAAGCCGCCCGUAAACUAUUAAUAAAAAGACGUAAUGUAGAAUACGUAUUACAGUACAGUAACGUCACUCCCUUUAUGUGGCAUAAGGGUAAAUACAAAUGCUUUUACUGCAACGAAACCACGAAAGAUCCAGAAAUACUACGACAACACACUGCCGAAGUACAUCAAUUCGCGAAUUUAGAACUCGUAGUCUUUGACCGAACCAAAAAUAAUAGGAAUAAAGAUGCUGCAGUCAAAAUUGACGUGACUGGAAUCUCUUGCAAGCUAUGUCCUCAAGCUGUGACGAGUUUAGAAGAACUUAUUCACCAUUUGAUCAUUGCUCAUGAUGCUGAGUACGAUGUUAGCGUCCCAAAUUGUCUUUUGCCGUUCAAAUUGGACAAAGACCAACCCACAUGUCCGACUUGUAAUAUGAAGUUCGUCUUUUUUGAGUAUCUGCUUCGACAUGCGAAUAAAAAUCACCUCUCUCAUCAUUAUAUUUGUGAUGUAUGUGGAACGAGUUUUCAAGGAGAGAAUCACUUGAAAAUGCACUAUAGAUAUUAUCAUCGAGAAGGGGGGUAUACUUGUGAAUAUUGCGGAAUCAGUCUAGCAACGCUUUCGAAGAAGAUUUUGCAUGAGAAGAACGUGCAUCUAGUCAACUUAUCCACUUGUCCUCAUUGCCCAGAGACAUUCAAAAGUCCAUAUUUAAAGAAACUGCAUUUGGCUAACGUUCAUGGAGUUGAAGAACUCAAAAUUAAGUGCCCGUAUUGCCCCAAAGUUUAUCCGCAAGAGUCCAUAAUGUCCCGUCAUAUGCGGAGAGUGCAUUUGAGAGAGAAAAAUGUUGAAUGCGAAGUGUGUGGCGACAAAUUCUUUGGUCCAUACGAUGUGAAAUUACACAUGGUGAAACAUAAUGGCGAGAAAAGAUUCGUCUGUUCCGUUUGCGGAAAGAAGUUUUCGAAACGCAGUAAUUUGAACUCUCAUUCAGUGUUACAUACGAGGGAAAAAGACCAUAUUUGCAUGGUCUGCAAUAAGGCGUUUGCCCAUCAGACGAAUUUGCGCAUGCAUAUCAGAAAUAGACAUAGCCAAUAUGAGCAGUCCGAAGUCAUAGAUGAUUCGGAUAUGGUCCAAAUGGAAGUCAUUCAAGAAGAGUUUGAAGGGGAUGUACCAGAACAAUAUAUUCAAUGAUAUUACUAUAUUGUGGAGUAAAUCCACAAUUAAAACUAAUUGUCGACUCUGUUUAUAGGAGUUUGAGUGCGUUUUGCAAUGAUAUAAAUGUGAGAGAGAAUUUUGAUAUGAUUCAAACAAAAUUGGACUGUAAAUAAAGAAGUUGAGGUGCGUUUUCCAUUGGAAAUAGUUUGUUGGAUAGUUGGAUAAUGUCUAAAGUUUAGUGCUAACGACUUUGAAUCUUAUACCAAGUGAAUUAAAGAAGAAAUAAAGACUGCGUCGGAAUGUAGCGUUUGGUGUAAUUAAAAGAAUAUGGUUUGCACUUUUUAUAUGAAGUUUGACAGUGAACUGACUGAUUCUGUGGAUAAAUGAAAAGUAAAUAAAAAAUAAAAACUAUUUAUGCUUGGAAUACAAAUAUGUAGUUGUUUAUACGUAUUAUAAAACUUAUGAUAUUAUUAUUAUUAUUUAUAAAAUAGUCAUGAAACUAAAAUAGCUUUGUUUAAUCAUCAUUCUAUCACUUUAUUGGUCGAAUGGUUGCAAGCAUGAGUUCUAAGGUUGAUCCUGGGUAGAGCAAAAUAGUUCUUAUAGUAUUAUAUUAAACAGUGCAUUUUAGUUUAGUAUAGCUACCGCGCUGGAUGCAAGGCGCUUACUCUUGAAACUAAUCAAUGUCAAUUUAACUUCAGUCCAAUAAAAUCUCAAUAAUUAUUCAAUGUCAACACUAUACAACCUCAUUCGUAGCAAAUAGCAUUUAGAGUAAAUCCAAUACCAUUUAGUUCAUUCUAUAUGCAAGCAAUACGGAUGUAAUGGGCGCUAGUGUUGGCUCAAGAGUUCGAAAUUUCAUAAUAUCAAUGUCGAUUGUUCGCAAUUGGAUUCAAGAGUAAGCCCCCUGGUCGCUUUUAACCAGCCUAUCAGAAAGUCAUUGACCUACGUGAGGCAGUGGACGCUUUAAGCCUGAUAUGAAGAUGAUGAUUAUUAUUAUUACUGAAAAUUUUAAUAAUAACAAUGAGGAGUCAAUGUAUAUGAUCUUUAUAAAACACUAACAACGACUUGCUCCUAUUACAUGGGAUUCAUAACUAGCGAAAGUUGUCACUUAAAUGUAUUAGGCGCACUUCCGCCUUCAGGACAUAGAAAAGUAAGUAAGUAUAUUAAAGAGUAUCAUAACACUUUAGAGAACAGAUAGUAAAUCCCUAAGAUCGGAAAAGGAGUAUCCAUGUUCAUUCGCAUGUAAAUUUCACAUGUGUAAUGUACGAUUUUAUAAAGUCAUCCGUUGAUGAUUUUUUCAUCGAAGGUCCAUGUGCGAGCUGUCAUUUGACAUGUGUCGCCACAACACCUUUUAUUUGCUGUAGGCUGAGGUGCACAUUUUCAUGUUAAACCCAUAUUUCACCAGUUAUACUUCACAUGUAAAGAGCUUUUUAUCAUACACCGGGCUCUGAACACGAAUUCUAUUUCACUACUAAAUUCCGGAGCUGCGGAUAACCUAGCCGUUUACGGGGACUCUGGUUCGUAGCAGGAAUGGUGUUGUUUUUAGUCAGUUAGUGUCUGACGCUCCCUCACGCACCGUUCAAGGCGAAUGAAGUUAUUGACUGGUUUUCUCCCCUCGAUUAAUGCUAUUACUUAUUAAUGCUAACUAUGAACCAAAAAUGCUACUUUUCAAUACUCAGUUAAGAGGAAUAACUUUGAAUUCUUGACAGUUCUUCCAUACUACCACCUUUCAAAUGUCAAUUUUAUUCUACAGUUAAGAAUUAACUGAUAAUUGAAAAAUCGGUCCUUAAUCAUACUUUGUUCGACCUAAGAAUAUACUAAAACUCAUUGCCCAAUAGUCGUGCAUACAGCCAAUCGACCAAGAAGGCCAGAUUUCAAAUUCAAAAUUAAACAAUUAUAGUAUAAGUAAUUUUGUCUACCCCUCCGAUACAUAGAACGCCGUAAUAUUUAAAAUGUACCUUAAUGCAGGUAGUAAGCAAUAUAAAAAUAUUGAU